AUGGCCGAGAAGCGGAUGUCACGGUGGUACUUUGGUGGGCUGGCGUCCUGCGGGGCCGCCUGCUGCACGCAUCCUCUGGAUCUACUGAAGGUACACCUGCAGACACAGCAGGAGGUGAAGAAGAGGAUGAUGGGGAUGGCCAUUCAUGUGGUGAAGAGUGACGGUGUGCUGGCUCUUUACAGUGGCCUCUCUGCCUCCCUUUGCAGACAGAUGUCCUAUUCGCUCACCAGAUUCGCCAUCUAUGAGACAGUGAGGGACAUGAUGGGCAGCACAAGCCAGGGCCCCAUGCCCUUUUACCAGAAGGUCCUGCUGGGAGCCUUCGGAGGUUUCACUGGAGGAUUUGUUGGCACGCCGGCAGACAUGGUGAAUGUCAGGAUGCAGAAUGACAUGAAACUACCACCAGAGCUGAGGAGGAACUACAAACAUGCCAUCGAUGGGCUCUUCAGAGUCUUCAGAGAAGAGGGUCUCAGGAGACUGUACUCAGGAGCCAGCAUGGCCUCCAGCAGAGGAGCAAUGGUCACUGUGGGACAGUUGGCGUGUUAUGACCAGGCCAAGCAGCUGGUGCUGGGCACAGGCAUGAUGGGGGAUAACAUACUCACACACUUUCUCUCCAGCUUCAUCGCUGGAGGCUGUGCUACAUUGUUGUGUCAGCCUCUGGACGUACUAAAGACGAGGCUCAUGAGCUCGAAGGGCGAGUACACAGGGGUGAGGCAUUGCUUACAAGAAACUGCCAAGCUUGGUCCCAUGGCAUUUUACAAGGGUCUCGUCCCCGCAGGAAUCCGCUUGAUUCCUCACACAGUGCUCACCUUCAUCUUCCUCGAGCAGCUCAAGCAAAACUUCGGCAUCCGCAUCAUCUCCUGAGCACGCUCUGCGACCCUGAACCCCAAACUGCCACAUCACCCCCCCCCCCGCUUUACUCUUGGCAUUUUAGAUUUUAGGCAAAAAAAGGGAGAACGGGAGUGGUGCACAGUUUAUUUAAUGGGCUGGUGCAUGGUCCCCUUCUCUUUUUGCUCUACCUCUAUCUCACGACUGAUAAUGAUGUUGAUUUUUACGAGCACCAACUUCUAGAAGAUACAAUUACAAGAACUAACGGUUUCCUCUAUCAGCAUAGAUUAUAACAUUAUAUAUGUUAAGAAAGAACACGCUUACUGUAAAAGUGCUUCACAUUAGGGUUAUUAGAGUGACCUGCCAAAUUAGAAUUAGCUCUAGCAGAUGUUUAAUUUCAGGUAGGGUUAGUUUGUGACGGGAUUAUAUAUAGUAUAGUAAUUGUUCAUUUAAGAAGCAAUUAAUUUGUCAAGAUGGACACUAAAUGUUGACUUUUAACUAUUUCCAGUUAAGAUUUAGUGAUUUAUGUUUUAAUUUCACCAGUUUCACCAGUGGUGUACAAAGCCUUCUGAGCUAACAUAAGUGUAAUCCACAGUUGUUGCUUAAAGAGUGCCAAUAAUGUGUCUCUCUAAUACUUCAUGAGUGUCAAGUUAUCAUAUAGCAAAAGUCCAAAAUGCUAACAAACUAGUGCCAUUCUUUCAAAUCUAUAGUUCCCAGAAGCCAUUGCUAAAACACGACUGAACUCUGUUGUAUGUCAUUACAUAGUAAUCAUUCCCAACAGUGGUGACCAAAUGAAAUGCAACCUGAAUUUAACAGUUCACUAAAUUGAUGUUUUAUAACUGGAACUACUAUCAGGUUAAAAUAUCCUCCACUUUUGACCCGAUUCUCCUUUUCUUUAUUCCUCUGUCAUCGUUUCACUCCCAUAUGUUUUGGAGAAGAGGACCAAGCUUGUUUGUCUCGUGUUUUUAAGUAAGUUGGGCGUGAGUGGGAGAAACUGUGAAGCAGAAAGAGCAGGCUGGUAAAAUCCUGGGGAAGGGCGCUCUUUCUUCCCUGACCCAGUGAAAUACUGUACAACCACUUGAUCUCUUAAAAAGUUCUUACUGUUUGAAUAGAGAUGUCUGGAGAAGACCGCUGGACUGUAGAAGUGUAUAUGUAGCAUUUCCAUCCGUUAUGUUACUGUUUCGUUGAGCUGAAUGCCUGUCAGACUCUGACUCACGAUGCUACUGUUUUAUAAGGCACUUUAUUAAAAUCCCUGGACUUGUACUAACUACUGUGUAGAAACACUAGCUGCAUACUAUAACAUGGUCUAAAAAUAACAUAAUGUUUGGAAUCUACAAUGUUAAUGCCAAUCUGAACUAUGACUUUUCUCAGUUAUAGUACAAUCAUUUUGGCCUUUGCCUUUCCUGUGCUGUGCCUGCUGUGUUGACGGAGACCUCGUCGAGUCAUGUUGCCUUACAGUUUGUCCUCCAGAGGGCAGUAUAGGAACGUGCAAAUGAUAUCAUUGCCAACAACUUCAAUGAAUCCUGAAAAACCUUUAACCAAGGAUGAGUAUAUAAAAAAAAAAGAGAACAACAUCUGACUGCAAUUCUGCAAUAAUGUGAGGUACUGAUCAGCCAUAGUAAGCAAUGUUAACCCCAGCUUUGUUUAUAUGCACAGAAAUGAAACUGGAGGGACCCUCAGCGCUGGGUGUUGUAAAUGUUUAUGUUGUAGACGACUAACCAAUGAUUUUGGAAUUAAAAUACUAAUGGAAAA